AGAGUCUCAACAGUGGGGCGACUUUCCUCUACUUUGACUUUCAUUGCAAUACCAGGAAUUUGAACUGGAUUUUUAGAGGGAAAUUCAUGUUCAUGCCCGUUCACCCCACUGGGAGUCUAUCUCUCUGCACUACAUAGGCCAUGGAUUUUCUACGAAUAUCCAGAUUGGAUCCAAAAUGACCUCUGAUUUUGUGUUGAUGAGCAACUGUUUCUCUACAAUAUCAUGGUUUCUUUAACUUGGGAAAGAACCACAUGAAAAAAAAUCAAAUCUUUGUGCAGUUCAAGUAGCCCCCGAUUUAGCUGCCAAAACUGCUUUUGACCUUGGGCCAUGAACCUCAACCCUCUUAUUUAUUGCACCUGUUGGGACCCCUGGAACUCGGGACCACGGAAGCUAAUCAAGACCCCUCGACCACCAAACAAGACCCUUGCAAGGAGGUCCAAGCCAACUCCCCUUCUACCAGCUUUAGAAAAAUACAGUUACCUGCCAUCAACGAAACCUUGUGUUCCCCCAAAAGUGAAAUUCGAUAUAGGAAGGCAAGAGAGCAAUAGAUCAUCUUAUGCCCAGGAGGUGAUCGACGUGUCGCCCGGCUAUCAGCUCUGUCGCAAUCGGGAGCAGAUCUCCGUCACCCUGGGAGACGAGAUGUUCGACGGGAAAAAGCGGUUGGAAUCAGAGAUGAUGGACAAAAUCCAGAUUGCCAGGACUGAUAUCAUUUCUGACCUGGAAGAGCAGAUCUCAGAGCUGAUGGCAAUAAUAGAACAAAUGAACAGAGACCACCAGUCUGCCCAAAAAUUGCUUUCUAAUGAAAUGGAUCUCCGCUGUAUUGAGAUGAAACAGAACUUUGAAAACAAGAACAGGAAGCUCAAAGAAGCUCACGACACAGAGAUCAGUGAGUUGGAGACCAACUACAGAACCGCCUUGAAGGAGGAGAAGUUGGCUGCCCAGAAGAAGCUCGAGGAGAUGGAAAAGGAAUACAAGUAUUUGAAGAACAUGUUUUAUAUGUACCAGGACAGUAUUUAUGAUGAAAUGGAAGAUAAAUGGUCAAAGCGGAAGGCAGAAUGGGAGAAAGAUGAGAAGUUGGAGCGGGAAAAGAUCCUGUUACAGCAAAAAAAUAAAAUGACGAAAAGGUUUGAGUUGGAGUCAGAAGAAGAAAAGAAGAAAAUUAAUGAAUCCUACAAUGUUCUCUUUGAGAACUUCAUUCGAGAGAAGGAGGAGCUCUUGAAACAACAUGACAGUGACACCUUGCAGAUAGAGGAGCUGAAGAAGACCAAGACGGUCAUAGAGCAAGAGUUGCAAGCCCAAGCUCUCAUCCUAGAGUCACUCAACACAAACCUCUACCAUGUCCAUCUGGAACUCCAGAGAGAGAAAGCUUCGGUGGGAAAUCUGGAGAAAAUGUUCCAGACCAAGCUUGCUGAAGCUGAGGAGAAGUAUAAGUCCACCAUACAGACGCUGACAGAAGAAAACAACCAUCUACGGCAAAAGCUAACUGCCAAAGAGGAAGAAAUGUGUGAAGCACUACUCCCAGGGAACGUGGCCUAUAGUACCACUUAUGAGUAUUCUGACUUCUUAGAAGAUAGUAGCAACAAAAAAGAAGACUCAUAAACAAAAAGUUACUCUCUGUAGCUGAUGAUGAUAGGCAUAUCAUCCUUGGGCCUAAGGAACCCCUGCGAGGCCUUCCUGAGAAAUGUAUCAUGUUCCUAGGUUGCUCUGACUAUACUUCUGUCUUUUCACAAUUUGUUUUCUUCUGAGUGGUUGGAAUGUUCGAGUUCUCAUCUCAGUUGCACAGCUUGUUAUGACUCUUCAUUGCAAAGUAAUGUUCUCUGUACCUGAAGCUGAGCUCUCUGUCCGCUUUGUGUCAUUCCCCCCGCCCCACCAUCUUUUCUUAUGUCAUUAGAAAGAGACUGAUUUGAUGGCCUUCUUCCUAAUGAACAUUGACUAUAUUUGAGGGGUGUACUAUUUGUUCCCCGAGGAAUUUAGCUAGCCAAAAUGAUAAUUUAUUGAUUUGAUUCAGAAAUCCUUUUCUGUUAAACACAUAACCCUUCCCUUGAUUUAGGAAGAAUUUCUGAUGAUUCUGGCCACCUUCUCCAUAGCAUCACCAGAAUUCAAGUGCCCAUGAGGAAGGCAACAUGAAUAAGUGAAGUGGGCUGAGCUUGAGAAACAAUCCUGCAGGGAGCAGCUGGGUUGGGGGCGGGGCUGGGACAGUGCUGGGGAGGAAGGCAGGUGGGGCUUGCUGAGUGUCAGAGGCUGUGCCCUGUCUAAAGGGGAUGCUCCUUGGCCCCACCAGAGUCAAUGUUGUUAAAUAUCCUGAUUUAUUAAAAGAAGUUAUUCUGUUUUUUUUUAUUUGAUGUCUCCCAA